AUGAAGAUGCUCUCCACUCGUCAAGCGGCGGAAGGAGAAAUCGCUCCGGAGGACGCGGCGGAGCUGAUGCAGCGUGCUGAAUCGCUGCCUGAUGCGAGGACCAAGCUCCAGCUGUGGGAGCUGCUCCCCAGGGAGCACCCAGAUCCCCCGGGCACCGCCACACUGCAUGGCUCUGCACGAGGCUGCGCCCAGCCAGCAGCGGGGCAGGAGAUGCUGGGUGCCCAGGAGGACAUGCUGGGUGCCCAGGAGGAGAUGCGGGGUGACCAGGAGGACAUGCUGGGUGACCAGGAGGAGAUGCGGGGUGACCAGGAGGACAUGCUGGGUGACCAGGAGGAGAUGCGGGGUGACCAGGAGGACAUGCUGGGUGACCAGGAGGAGAUGCGGGGUGACCAGGAGGACAUGCUGGGUGACCAGGAGGAGAUGCGGGGUGACCAGGAGGACAUGCUGGGUGACCAGGAGGAGAUGCGGGGUGACCAGGAGGACAUGCUGGGUGACCAGGAGGAGAUGCGGGGUGACCAGGAGGACAUGCUGGGUGACCAGGAGGAGAUGCGGGGUGACCAGGAGGACAUGCUGGGUGACCAGGAGGAGAUGCGGGGUGACCAGGAGGACAUGCUGGGUGACCAGGAGGAGAUGCGGGGUGACCAGGAGGACAUGCUGGGUGACCAGGAGGAGAUGCGGGGUGACCAGGAGGACAUGCUGGGUGACCAGGAGGAGAUGCGGGGUGACCAGGAGGACAUGCUGGGUGACCAGGAGGAGAUGCGGGGUGACCAGGAGGACAUGCUGGGUGACCAGGAGGAGAUGCGGGGUGACCAGGAGGACAUGCUGGGUGACCAGGAGGAGAUGCGGGGUGACCAGGAGGACAUGCUGGGUGACCAGGAGGAGAUGCGGGGUGACCAGGAGGACAUGCUGGGUGACCAGGAGGAGAUGCGGGGUGACCAGGAGGACAUGCUGGGUGACCAGGAGGAGAUGCGGGGUGACCAGGAGGAGAUGCUGGGUGCAUCUUGGAUGGCCUUAGGGAAAUCACCACAGGGUGGUUGGAAUUAG